GAGGAGCGUUCGGCGGAUACACAUCGCAACCAUCGCUCUUGGCCAGCUCGUCCCAACGGGCCUUAACGGUUCCGCAGAAGCGCACUAACAAAGCCAAAAAAUAUCAUCUAAAAUUUAUUCACCUCAAGUCAGUCGAGCGUGCGCCAUUUGUUUUGUGAUUAUCCCAACCGUACAAACAAACAUUUAAAUUCUCCUUUAAAUCUCGGUCUACGAAAAUAUUUGUGUUUUUUAUUGGCCGCGGCGUGUGCGUUCUGUGACAGAGCCAUUGAACUUUGAAAUAUAGAAAAUAUUUGGAAAGACAUAAACAAUAAUAUACUUAUAUCGCCAUACUAAUUUGCUGUCGGGAAAUUUUGUUUGCGGUGCGUCGCAGAAAAACUCUUGUUUCUACGCUGCAAGAAUUGUUUAAAAUUAUUCUUUUGUUUCGCCUGAUCUGCUUUGUCGAUUGGUUCGUAAACAAAUUUGUGGCUGAAUUUUCCAUUUCCACAAAGACAAUUACAUGAGACCAAGCCAAAGCAACAAAUGUGACAACUAACACUAAAUUGUGAUACAACACAUGUGAACUGCGCUGCAAAUUGGGCUCGCCUUCUCUCCCCCAACAAAAAGUCAGCUUUUGAAGAACCAAGUCACAACCAUCUAUAGUACAAACACACUAUCCAAACCGAACUCAACUCACUUAGCUCCAAUUAAACUCAUUUCAACAUGGAUUUCGAUCAGAUUCUGGCCAAAUGUGGCGACUUUAAUCGCUACCAGUUCAUGAUACUCGCCCUCUUCGGGUUUAUUAAUAUCAUCGUAUCGAUGCAUUACUUUACGCAAACAGUCAUUAGUUUUGUGCCAGAUCAUUGGUGCUACCAUGAUAAGCUAGUGAAUAUGACCUAUAAAGAGAUCGGAGAGAUCUACGCUCAGUUCGAGAAGCCCUCGUGCACCCGACUGGAUGACAUUAAUGGCCAUAAUGUCACCGUCAGCAGCAAACCGUGCGAGAGGUGGAUCUAUAAUUAUGAUUUUGGCUACAGAAGCAUGAACACAGAGCUCAACUGGGUCUGUGACUCGGCGUACAAGGCACGUAUUGGCCAGUCCCUGUUCUUUAUUGGCUCCGUGGUGGGCACUCUCUUCUACGGGCUGCUGUCCGAUAAGAUUGGCCGAGUUCCCGCCCUAAUCUUGUCCAACUUCUGCGGCUUUGCCGGGGAUUUCUCCACCAUAUUCACCAAAAGCGUGGCCACCUUCACCCUUUGCCGUUUCAUUUCCGGGCUGGCCGCCGAUACUAACUUCUACCUGAUGUACAUUAUAGUGCUCGAAUAUAUUCGCCCCAGCAUGAGAACCCUGGGUCUCAACAUGGCCGUGGGCCUGUUCUACUGCUUGGGCCUGGUAUUCACUCCCUGGCUGGCAGUUUUGGUGGGCCACUGGCAGAUCUACCUGGCCUGCACGUCGCUGCCCAUCCUGCUGGUGGUUCUGUACUACUUCGUGGUGCAGGAGAGCGCCCAGUGGCUGGUGACCCGGAAUGACAUCGACGGGGCCAUCAUAAGGCUGAAGCGAGUGGCCAAGUUUAACGGCUGCCGGGUGACCCAGGCGGACUUCGACGAGUUCCGGCGCCAUUGCCAGAUGACCCGCGAAAUGCAGGGCGGCGAUGACAAGAAACAGGCCACGCUGCUGGAUAUGUUCAGAACGCCACGCAUGCGCAAGAAUACGCUCAUUCUGUUCUUUAAGAGCAUGGUGAUCACCCUGUGCUACGAUGCCGUCUCCCGCAACGUGGAGGGCAUGGGCAUUUCGCCCUUCAUCAUGUUCUCGCUAAGUGCCCUGGCAGUGCUGCCGUCGAGUAUCCUGCUGGUCCUGUUGCAGGACCGCAUUGGCAGGAAGGGCAUGGCCUCGGGAUCCCUGCUGGUGGGUGGCCUCUUCACAGCCGCCGCCGGAAUCGCGAUCGCCUACCAGCAGCACAGCCACAAUGCCAUUCUGCUGGCCUGCCUGACGAUCGCCGCCCGUUUCGGAGUGGCCAUCUCCUACGAGUCGGGGUCCCAGUACGCCACCGAGCUGAUCCCCACCUGCGUGCGGGGCCAGGGCGUGGCUGCAGUCCACGUGGCCGGGUUCGCGGCCUCCUUCCUGGCGCCCUACAUCCUCUGGCUGGGCACCUUCUUCAAGGCGGCGCCCUCGAUCAUCCUGGGCGUCCUGUUCUUCGCGGGCUCCUUUGUCUGCCUGCUGCUGCCAGAGACGCUAAACAGGAGCCUGCCCACGACCAUCGAGGAGGGCGAGGUGUUCGGCAAGGGCGAGCGCAUGUUCGACUUCCCGUGCCUGCACAACCGGCACGAUGACGCGGAGUCCGAUUCCGAGCUGGAGAAGUACAAGCGGAAGCACUCCCUGAUCGACGCCAAGCAGAUGCAGAUGGAGUCCUGCUCGAACGGGAAGCGCAAGCAGUCCCUGAUCGACGCCGAUCGCGAGGAGCAGGCCCUGAAGGACGCCAAGCACUGAGGGGCGACGUCCCGCCCUCAGUAGUUCGUAGUUUAGCUAACCAAUUUUCGCCUAGACCUUAAGACCCCAGGCCCCUGAGAGAUCCAGGCCAAGAUCCGAUCCUAACUCGAUUCGAUGGCCAGUUGGGUGCCGGCAAAGUGUGUGCUCAGUAUGCGGUAGCCUUUUCUUAUAUGUAUAGAGUUUACCCUUACAAAUUUAUAUAUAUGUAUACUUACUUACCUACUCUAGCUGGUAAUGACCUAGGGCGUAGCUGUACAUUUAACUCGAUCCAAAAUUACCUUUUUCAAAAACGCUGAUUGUGCAUAAGAAUGGAAUCGUAUAGUUAACACUUAAGCGGCACAAAAUCACUUAACUAAACCCAAUUGAAUACUUAUCGUAAGUGUUUUUCAUACCUACUUGUACAUAAGUGCGAUACUACUUAGGCCAGUAACUGAAUGUUCUAUUUUGGAUUUUGAUCUUUAAGCAAAUGAGAACCAUUAAGAAAACUGAUAAUAAUUAUUUAAUGUUAGAAAACAAAAUAUAAAAUAUACAAAUCGAAAAAAUGUA